UUGGAAGCAAUGAAAUCAAGUGCAGUAAAAUUUUGUGCUAUACUACUAGUUAUGCUGUCAUCAGUUGUGGUUCACACAGACUGCUGUUCUAGCAGAUCGAUGCCAAAAUCAAGACCCCGACCAGUGUCACACUUCCGUGGUGUGAUGACAUCCACCACCACCACGUUCACGGUGAUCCGACCGGAUGCGACCUCGUCGUCGAACAACAGGGAACUUCCCGACGCAGGUUCGACGGGGAUGGACUCGCGCAGCAGUCUGGCCGGAGCAGGAGGCGGUGUCCAGGGCACAGGCGGUCUCGGCCAUGGUAUCAGCACUAACGCCGGAGGUCUGGCCAACCAGGUGAAUGAUCCGGAACAGCGCGAAAGCGCAAUAGACUCCACCGAUGGGCGUUCGCCCGCCAACGAGGGCACCGGCAGUUCAGGACGUAGUGACAAGGAUCAGAUGAUGAUGCGUAUGGGCAAGUGCUCGCAGCUGUUCGAGGAGAACUACUGUCUCAACGGGGGCAAGUGCUACAACUUCACGAUCGCCAACUCCACCAUGCCGACAUGUGAGUGCGCCGACGGCUUCAUGGGUGAACGAUGUGAGUCAAAGUACUUGGAUGGGACUUACCUGAGCAUGCGCAAGCCGAAGGUCCACAUCGAGACGGCGAGCAUGUAUUACGGGGCAUUUCUUGCCAUGAUAGUAGUGCUGGCUGUGUUCUACUAUCUGCACUGGCUCAACCACUGCCGCUAG